AUGUUAACGCAACUUUUUGGAGCUGCUCAAGCUCGGCAAGUCCCCAGAACCGGCCUCCCACUCUGGAUCAUCGUUGGUCUACCGGCCAGAGAGGGCCAAUACGCCAGAAACCCAUUCAAAUUGACCAUCGACAAGGCGAAGCCCGUCUUCGACGUGGCCAUAGAGGACAUCUACUACCGCAGGGAGCUGCUCCCUCCCGGCGCCUUUAACGUCGUGUUCGAGGACACGAAGCAGUCCGACGCGGUUGGGCCCCAGAAAAUCAUCGAGCACUACGUGAACGGGACCGUGGACGCGGUGAUGGGACUGCCGUACGUCUUCGCGUUGGCCCCGAUCGCCAGGGUGUCGACGUUCUGGCACGGCGGUGUGCCCGUCUUCACCACGACGGCAAUGACCGAAGAACUGUCAAACAAAGAAGACUUUCCCCUCCUCACCCGCCUCGUCGGCAACUACAAAACGAUGGGCCAGCUGGUGAACGGCCUGAUCGCCAAGUACACCUGGCAGCACAUCUUCUUCCUAUUCCACGACCACGUCCUCCAGCAAGAGAAGAAGAGCGGCAAAUCUGAAUGCUAUUUUGCGCUCAACACAAUUAAGACCACGCUCCAUAAUCAGACGAAAUGGGCGGUGGACACGUUUUCGGAGAAUAUGGCCUCCCCGGCCAGAAAGGCGUACACCACCAAGUUGUUGAAGGACGCCAGCGAUAAGGCUAAUGUCAUCAUCCUAUGCGCUUCACCGGAAACUGUGCGCGAGAUCAUGCUCGCCGCCCACGACCUCGGCAUGGCCACUUCCGGCGACUACGUCUUCAUCAACAUUGACGUCUCCACAGGCUCCCACGCCGAACAGCCAUGGCUGCGCACCAACGACACCGACCGGAAGAGCCCCGAGAACCUCAAGGCCAAGGAGGCUUAUAAAGCCCUGAAAACCAUCUCCCUGCGGCGCAGCGACCAGCAGGAGUACAAGGAGUUCGAGAAACGGGUCGUCGAACGGGCCAACAAGAAGUACCACUACAAGGAGAAGAUGCACAAGGAGUACGAGAUGAACAACUUCAUCUCGGCGUUCUACGACGCGGUGCUGCUGUACGCGAUCGCGCUCAACGAGACGCUGAAGGAGGGACUGGACCCGCGCAACGGGCACAACAUCACCAGCAAGAUGUGGGGCCGCACUUUUGCCGGCAUCACCGGCAACGUGUCGAUCGACAAGAACGGCGACCGGUACUCGGACUACUCACUCUUCGACCUCGACCCCGAUAAGGAUCGAUUUGUGGAAGUCGCCUACUACUCCGGGGCGGCGAACAAGCUCGAGUCGGUCGGCCCGUUGCACUGGAUCGGCGGCAAGCCACCCAAGGACCAGCCAAUCUGCGGAUAUGACAAGAGCAAAUGUCCAAAGGGCUACCCCCUGCACGUGUAUCUACUCGUUGCCGCCGGCGUCUUCAUCCUCGUCAUGUUUUUGGUGUUCGGCUGUUUCUACAGACGCUACCGGCUCGAGCAGGAGUUGGCGGCGAUGAGUUGGAAGAUUCGAUGGGAGGAACUCGACGGCGAGGAGAGCACAAAAAAGGAGAAGAAAAAGCGGAAACGAAAACACAACAACUACGACUACGAGGGCGAAGCCUUGCUGCGGUCGUCGAGCCGCGGCAGCCUCAACUCCGACAAGAAAAAUCGAAAAUCCGCCUCUCCAACCGUCUCGACGGCCGUCGUCUCGCGAAGCUCGAGCUCCGGGGCCACGCGCAAAAUUUCGGCGAUGAUCGACCGCAAGUUCUCCAUCUUCACCCGGAAAAAGUCGUCGCCGAACGCCGAGAAGAACGGCGGACCUGGGGCGAACGCCUUCUCGACGUCGCUCGAUCGGCCGGGGAUCCUCGGCGGCCACACGAACACGAUUCACUCGCUGAAGGAGGUAGACAGUGAUGGCGAGACGUCGCCCCUCAACAAUCACCAAGAAGUCCGCUUCAACGACCGCAGGGUUUCCUCGCCGGUGUCUUCGAAUUCCGACUACCGAAAGAAGAACAGCAACGAGGAGUCGAUCUCGAACAAGAAGGGCUCGGUCAGUCUGAGAGGGCGGAAGCUGUCCUUUGGAGGGUUGUCGUUUAAGAGCGGCGGCUCGGUGGAGACGAUCCAAAUGCAGAACAACGCGCAAAUCUACACGAAGACGGCCGUCUACAAGGGGGCCAUGGUGGCCAUCAAGCCCCUCUCCAUCGACACCAAGAAGUUCCCCAAGUUGGACAUCAACAGGGCCAUGCUGCUCGAGUUCAAGAAGAUGAAAGACCUGCAGCACGAUCACAUCACGCGGUUCACGGGUGCCUGCGUCGACUGCCCCCACUACUGUAUCGUGACGGAAUACUGCCCGAAGGGAUCCCUCGAAGACAUCCUCGAGAAUGAGAAGAUCGAACUCGACAAGAUGAUGAAGUACUCGCUGCUCCACGAUCUCGUCAAGGGCAUGUACUUCCUGCACAACUCCGAGCUGCGCACGCACGGCCGCUUGAAAUCCACCAACUGCGUCGUCGACAGCAGAUUUGUCCUCAAGGUGACCGACUUUGGGCUGCACAAGCUGCACGCGCUCGAAGAUGACCCUCCAGAUCUCGGCGAGCACGCCCUCGCGAAGAAAAAACUCUGGACAUCCCCCGAACUCCUUCGCGUCGGCAACAGUCGCCCGGUGGGUGGCACGCAAAAGGGAGACGUCUACUCGUUCGCCAUCAUCCUCCACGAGAUGCUGUGGCGACGGGGCGUCUUUGACCUUGGCGAAGACGUCGAGAUGACUCCAUCUGAAAUCCUCGAGCGGGUGAUGAAGCCGCCGAUGACUGACGAAGACGUCUUCAGGCCGUACGUCGCCGAGCCGUUGGAAGGUGAAGAGCCGUACGAGCCGACGUUGAUGGACCUGAUGAUGACGUGCUGGCAGGAGAACCCGCACGAUCGGCCCGACUUUUCGACGAUCCGCAAGGUCGUCAGGAGUUUAAACAGGGAAAACGAGACCUCGAACCUGGUCGACAACCUGCUGAAGCGGAUGGAGCAGUACGCGAACAACCUGGAAGGGCUGGUGGAGGAGCGGACGCAAGAAUACCUGGCCGAGAAGAAGAAGGUCGAAGAGCUGCUCCACCAACUCUUGCCUCCAUCUGUUGCUGAUCAGCUGAUCGGCGGCCGGGCCGUCCAGGCCGAGACGUACGAGAGCGUGACCAUCUACUUCUCGGACAUUGUCGGCUUCACCAGCCUCUCCAGCAUGUCCACCCCCAUGCAAGUCGUCACCCUGCUCAACGACCUCUACCUCGCCUUUGACGGCGUCGUCGACAACUUCAAGGUGUACAAGGUCGAAACCAUCGGCGACGCGUACAUGGUCGUCUCCGGGCUGCCCGAACGUCGCGAUGAUCACGCGUCGCAGAUCGCCCAGAUGAGCAUCGCCCUCCUCCACAAGGUCAAGAAUUUCGUCAUCAGGCAUCGGCCCAACGAGCAGCUGAAGUUGAGGAUUGGGAUGCAUUCUGGUUCCGUCGUUGCGGGUGUUGUCGGCUCGAAGAUGCCGCGCUACUGCCUCUUCGGCGACACGGUCAACACGGCCAGCCGCAUGGAGAGCAACGGCUUUCCCCUCCGUAUCCACGUCUCCAGCGAGGCGAAGAACAUGCUCGACCCCAGCGAGUUCCGGCUCGACCUGCGCGGCGAGGUCGAGAUGAAGGGCAAGGGGCUUCAGACGACGUAUUGGCUCAAGGGCUACAAAGAGAUCGACAUCCCCGAUUUCGGGCCCGACUUCCGG